AUGACGAACACAGUCAGUGUGUGGAUACUUGUGCCUAGACGUACGGAGUUCUAUCCCAAGAGAGCAGGUCUGGCCACUCCUGAUUGGAUUGUUUUGCGCCAGAAGGUGUCCGAGCGAGCGAUAGCAGAACCUUCAGCUGCGGUCAACGCCGAUCGCCCUGGUGUCCCGUCGGCUGCCAGGACAUUGCCGAUCGCCCUGCGCAAAAAUCAAUUAAAAAAAGCAACUCUUUCCCACAAUCAAACUGGGAUGGGCAAGUUCAAUACCACUUCUGGGGUGUCCGAGCCGAGGUUACAUUAUAACCAUGCUCAUCGGUCUCACUAUUUGUUCUUUGGGAAAAGCAAGGAGUUCUGA